UGAAAUUCUUCUCCACGUUCAGACUUCCAAAAAUAAUACAAAUUGAUCAAGGUACAAAUUUUUUAGCAAAACUUUUUAAACAAGACUUGAACUAUUGAAAAUUUCUCACCGAGUCUCAAGGUCAUACCACCCGCAGAGUCAUGGGCACUGGAGCGUUUCCACCAAACCCUUAAGGCAAUGUUGAGGAAAUAUUGUCAAGACACUCCUAAAGACUGGGACGAGGGAGUUCCUUUAGUCUAAUUUGCGGUAAAUAAAACCACUCAAGAAUCUCUUGGAUUAAGCCCAGCUGAACUUGUGUUCGGACAUCAAGGCUAAAGCUGAUGAGUUCUCCCAGUCUGAGUGAAUUGGGCCGAUCAGAGAGAUCUGCAGCACUGGACGACCAAAACAAUCAACAGCACAGAGCAGGAACCAAUGCUACAUGGAACAGCAUCCAGAAUGCCGUGAUCUCUGUGUUCCAGCGUAAAAAUCUGUCAGAGAAUGAACUUUACACACUGAAUGAAGGGGUCAGACAGCUCCUGAAGACUGAACUGGGAUCUUUCUUUACAGAGUAUCUGCAGAACCAGCUUUUAACAAAGGGAAUGGUAAUUCUGCGUGAUAAAAUCCACUUUUAUGAGGGUCAAAAGUUGCUGGAUUCUCUGUCAGAAACAUGGGACUUUUUCUUCUGUGAUGUUUUGUCCACGCUGCAGGCAGUUUUUUAUCCUGUCCAGGGUAAGGACCCAUCAGUGCGGCAACUGGCACUGUUGCAUUUUAGGAAUAUUAUUACACUUAACAUAAAACUGGAGAAUGCACUUAUGCGCCCGCGUGCCCGAAUCCCUCCGUCAAUCAUUCAGAUGCUGCUGAUCCUUCAGGGGGUUCAUGAGUGUAAAGGUGUGAGCAGUGAUUACCUAAAGCUGGAGUCCCUUUUGCAGAAGGUUGUUUCACCGUAUCUGGGUACCCAUGGCCUUUUUUCUAGUGACGGCUCUGGUGCCCAGUGCUCAUGUGUGUUGGAGAAACGGCUUCAAUGCAGGAGGCCACAUUCUAGCACUUUACCUACAAAGAACCUUGUGGUUCGCUCCAAAAGCUACAACAUACCAAUACUGACACCUGUGGUCGAAUACGACUCAGAAAGCAGCGCAGUGAGCGUCCGAAGGCAUUCGGUUUGUCAAAUGACUUCCUGUCUGGAGGAAACUGCCUUCGCUGAGAUCCCUCCCAUGUCAUCCUUUCCCUCCCAUCCCGAGGAUUCUGAAGAUGUGGAGAAUCACACUCCUGCCUCUCCUUCACCCAUAUUCUCCGACCUCUGCUUCAACAGUGUCCAAGAACCAGGAGUUCACCAGGACAUCUCCGUUCCCGGCCGUUCGUCCAGUCCAGAGACUGUUGUGGAUCAGAUUCUGGACUCGGACAAUGAGGGAAUAUUUAUCCACUUCCGCCGACAGCAUUCAAGCUCGCCCGAGUUUAGCCGCAGAAGUGAGAGUGUGGAGUAACCGCUGAGUCCAACAAACCAAAUCACUGUCUCCACUUUAUCAAUUAUUGUGUAAAGUUUGUCGAAUUUGCAGAUUUUUUCUUGGACCCUGGGUGUGUUCAGAAAAUCAGAAUAGCCAGCAUAGUAUGCAUUUCAGUUCACUCAAGUUUGUAGGCAUGCAGUACUGAUCUUGAUACAUUUACUUGGCUUUUUAAAGAAAACAACUAUAUGUAACAAUAUACAAUUGUAUAGACUUUACUACUGUGUUAAUGUUUAUUGUAAAACACUGAUGUCUGACACUGUCCUAAUAAACCAUUAAUAGGAA